CUCCACUCCUCUCCCAUUUGAAUCAUACGAAUCCCCCUCCCUCCUCUCUUUCUUAUUUCCUUUUCUUCUUCUUCUUCUUCUUCAACAUCUUGUUCUUUCUUCUUUCUUUCUUCCUUUCUCAUUCAUCUUCUUCUAAUUCUUCUUCUUCUUUCCUUCUCUUUUCUAGGUUUUAUAUACCUUAAUCAUCUUCAUUAUCUUCAUCACCAUCUUCUUCUUUUUCUUUCUUUCUCACUUUUUACGUUUUAUCCACACCGACACUAGUUUGCUAUAGUUUCUGUGUACACAGACGAAAAUUGUAUAUAUACAGACACUUUUUUAUACAAGACAACUAACGUCUGUGUACACCGACACUUGUUUUCCAACUAAUUUUGUCACACUGACACUUUUUUGUGUACACAGACAACUAACGUCUGUGUACACUGACACUUGUUUUCCAGCUAAUUUUUUCACAUCGACACUUUGUUUCUACACAGACAACUAACGUCUGUGUACACCGACACUUGUUUUCCAACUAAUUUUUUCACACCGACACUUUUUUAUCUACGUAGACAACUAACGUCUGUGUACACCGACACUUGUUUUCCAACUAAUUUUUUCACACCGACACUUUUUUGUCUACACAGACAACUAACGUCUGUGUACACCAACACUUGUUUUCCAAUUAAUUUUUCACACCGACACUUUUUUGUUUACACAUAGACAACUAAUGUCUGUGUACACCGACAUUGGUUUCCGUGCAAGUAUGCAACUAGCCUGACAGAUAUAGAAACUAAUUUUACCCACACCACACCAACGCUUUGUCGGUAUUUGUGUGUAUUUGUGUUUGUAUUUGUUUGUUUGUGUGUUUUUGUUUGUGAGAAGGCAAAUAAAUGGGUAUACCCACCGUGUAACGCAUGGUGUACACCAACUAUUGUAGAAACAUUUUUGUUCUUCAGAGCAUGAAGUGAAAGCCGGGAAGGGAAGUGCCUGAGGAAAGGUCUGUGACGCCCUCUUAGGUGAACUGCAACCUCGAUGGCGAAACCGGCGCAACUGUCAAAGAUAUCGCUUGCUUUCUUCCACUUCACAAAUUCAUCCCCAUUGGCUAUACCACGCUCCAUCUCCGUUUCCUCAAAGCUAAAACCUUUCACCCUCGAACAUUUCUCCACAACCUCGACACCAUAUCCACUUCAAUAUGAUAUGAUCGUAUCUCGCCCGCUUGACCCUUCCCGGCACCGUGAUCGCUCCCGUAACGCACAACGCCGCCUCAAACCCACAGAGUCUCCCGAACCGGACUCCGAACAAGGAUUCGAUGGUUGGGUCGACAGGAAGUUAAGUUCAACCACAUCUUCUUCGAUGCCUGAUACUGGAAUGGAUAAGGCUAAAAGGAAGUAUUACAACAAGAGAAGGAAAAGGAUGUUCGGAUCGGAUUCGGAAGAUGACGAGGCUGGCCGCCGGGACGGAAGUGAAUUUGUGGAACUUAAGCAAGAAGUUGUUGAACUGCGUACACUGCACAAGAAAGAGGAGGAGUUGCAUUUCUAUGAUGCAUUCGCUUAUCCUUGGGAAAAGGAGAAGCAUUACAAGAUGGUUUAUCAAUUGGAGAAGAAGUUUUUUCCUGAUCAGUGUUUCGAUAAGGCUUUCCUUGAGCCUGGUCAGUCCAACGAGAAGAGUACCAAGAAAGGAAACAAGAAAGGUGGGAAGAGAGAAGAGAGCAAAGCUGAUAAUUCAGAUAGCGGAGGAGAUAGAGGAUUGGUGUUUUUCGAGACUGAUGGGGUGAAAAAAGAAAAGACAGAGAUUGAUGAUACUAAGGAUGUGAAAAUAGACAUCUCAGAGAAGAAAGUUGAGGAAUUUUUCAAAAGUUUGAAUAAAGUCCCAAACGGAACAGACAGUGGGGUUUCUAGUGCAGAACCCUUCUUUUCCUCAAGGGGUAGAGGGCUUCCCCCAAAGUGGGAUACCCCUGCUGGGACUGUGGUUCUAGUGAACAAGCCAAAAGGUGUUGUUGAAGAGUGACCCUGAAUAGUGUUACACGUCAGCUAAAUAUGAAUGGAUAAAUGAGCAUUGGACAAUCUUCACCUCUUCUGAACUCUUUUAGGAUGGACUUCAUUUACAGUAUGUGGAAAGUUGCGCCGCCUAACCAAAGUGAAAAAGGUAGGCCAUGCCGGGACUCUUGACCCUAUGGCCACUGGUUUAUUGAUUGUAUGCAUUGGUAAAGCUACAAAGCUCGUUGAUAGAUACCAGGGUAUGAUUAAGGGCUAUAGUGGAACUUUCCGUCUAGGAGAAGCUACCUCUACUUGGGAUGCAGAUUCCCCGGUUAUUCUACGUGAGCCAUGGGACCACAUCAAGAAUGAGGAUCUAAGGAAAGCUGCUGCAUCCUUUUCUGGGGAGAUAUGGCAAGUCCCUCCAAUGUUCUCUGCCAUCAAAGUUGGUGGUGAGAAGAUGUAUGAGAAAGCACGAAGGGGAGAGAGCAUUGAACUUUCACCAAGGAGGGUAUCAAUUUUCCAGUUUGAUGUUGAACGAAGUUUGGAGGACAGACAAAAUGUGAUUUUUCGAGUAAUAUGCUCAAAAGGGACAUAUAUUCGGUCUCUCUGUGCCGAUUUUGGGAAGGCUCUUGGCAGCUGUGCUCACUUGUCAGCUCUACGAAGAGAUUCAAUUGGAGAAUACAAAGCAAAUGAUGCUUGGGAGUUUCAAGAGUUAGAAGAGACAAUAACCAAAGGAUACAUGUAGAAUAAUUGCACAGCUUUCCUUUCAUUAAUUGAGCAUUGUUUAGAAAAGCUGGUUAAAUAUUUAAAAUUUUCAAAAGUUGCAUUCCUUUCCAAAGCUUCCAAGAACUUAGGUGGCCUCGCUGGAGGUAGUGUCUCUAUUUGUACGGCUAGAUAGAAGUCUGUAUACAAUUCUCACCAUUUCUAAACCCUAUUACUGGAUUUGUUUCGUUUGUUUGAACAAAUGAAUUCAUCAAUUUUUUUUAUAUAUUUUAAAAUGCAAACACAUAUAGACG